AUGAACGCCGUCAUUUCGGCAAGCGACAUCAAGACUUUCUACAGCGCGCUCAACUGCCUCAGUCGAUUCUCGGAUACGUUCUGGCUGCAGUGCAGUCGGCUGAACAAUGGUCAGGCCCAGAUUCGACUGUCGGCGAUCAAUGCGACCAAUUCGGCGUUCUGCAUGUUUGUCUUUGACCCGGACUUCUUCCUCAGCGUAGCGACGCAAGCGAGUGCCAAGAUCGAGUGCCAGAUUCAUCUCAAGUCGAUACUGUCGAUUCUGCGGUCGCGAGGACGGACGGUGGAACGGCUGGAGCUCGACCUUACCGACUCGGGCUCCGAGUGUCGCUUCACCGUGGCACUGCACUGUCAGCAUGGCAUCUUGAAGGUGCAUCGGCUGACGUACGAGCCAAAGCGCGGCUUGCUGCCUACGGCCGAUCCUAACCCGCCCAACUUCUUCUGCAUCGCCGCAGCUACAGCGACCGAGUGGACGGACCACUUUCUCUCCUCGAACCGCAAUGGCGAGAUCACCUUCGCGUGCACGCCCAGCACGUGUGUGGCACGCAGCAAGGACGACGACUCGCCCGACCCCAAGGGCGGUCUGCGCAGGGCGAUCCAUACCGAAGUCAAGAUCGCCGUGGACGAGUUCCGCGAGUACGCGGUGCUGGAUGCGUGUGCACUCACGUUUUCGCUGCGCGAGUUCAAAGCCACCGUGGCACUGGCAGAGGCACUGGGCGUCGCGCUUGAAGUCAACUUUAGCGAUGGAGACGAGCCGUUGUUCGUGAGGUUAAGGGUGGAGAACGCCGUAGCGGCCGAAUUCGUCAUUGCCACCACAAGGCCCGAUCGAACCAAUGCUCCCGACAAGGAAGCUGCACCCGCGGCAGUCGCAAGGUCCGUUUCUUCGUCAGUGGCCCCGCCUGCCGCGAGGGAGACGCAGAGACAGACAGAAUCCUCCGACGCUUCCAUUGCUCCUCCUCCACCAGUGAGACCGCCAGUGGAAUCGACUCCUGUUAAUCCCGUGCAGGCGCAAGCCCCACUUUUCUUCCCGGGCGCUUCUCAGCCUUCACAGCCCGAGCCGGAAGAACAGACGCAGCCGCUGCCACCAUCCCCGCAGUUCGUUCAGCCUACACCCGUCGCACGCGGUGGAGACCCCGGCGAGUUCCUCGCUCCCUCCGAAUCCGACACCGAGUCCGAGCCCGAUCCGGCUGCUCCGCGCAAACGCUUCAAGCCUUUCUUCUAA